AUGGACGAUGAAAUAAUAAUCCUAAAUGUUGGUGGCGUUAAAUUCGAAACCAUUCGUAAUUCUUUAAUUGCUCAUCCUGAAACAACAUUAGGAAAAUUAUUUAAUCCUAAAAAUCCUGAACCACUUAAACCAAUUUAUCCCGGUGGUAGCGAGUAUUUUAUUGAUCGAAAUGGCCAUGCUUUUUAUUACAUUCUAGAAUAUUAUCGUACUGGUGAAAUCCUCUGGAAUGAUGAAAUAUCCAAGUCUAAAGAAUUUCCUGUUUCCAAACGGGCAAUAGAAUUGGAAAUAGAAUAUUUUAAGAUCCCCAUUAAUUCUGAAAAACGUGCUGCUCGUAAUUUACAACAAGGUGUUACAAUUGUCGACAAAUUUUGCGAAAAAAUGAUACCUUUUAUUAACGAAGCGACAAGCAGAUUUAUUUCAAAAGUCUCAGUUAAGUAUACUGUAAGUGGCGGUUAUUCUGAUUGCACGCCAUUUUCAAUCGGAAAUUGGCAUGGUGAAUUUGCUAAACAAGCCUAUGCACUAUUGAAUAACGAAAGGAUAGUUAGUGCGAUAGAAAAACGACUGAAAAACCAUUUUCCUUCUAUUACAGUAAAGGCUAAUUGUGAUGGUCUUACUGCAAUUUUGAUAGUUUCUGAAAUAUUUGACAUUAAUACUAUCGCGGAUAGCCUUGAAUAA